UCAAACCAAUGCAAUUGUAGCAUUGCUGACCGCCAAACCCCAGUCCCGCCUUCGGCGGAACCUACGACAUCGAAUCCCGGUCUGACGACGGCAAUUUUCAAUCUUACCUUUGCAUGCGAUGUGAGUCGUCGGACUUCUUCGUUUUAAGGACCCGAACAUCGUGCCAGACUCCCUCGCUAGAGCGUACGACGUUACAAUGGCUGAACCGACGGCAUAUCUCGACAACGAGAAGAAGAAUCCUUCGUACAUCGACGGUCCAGCCCAUGCCAAUAAUGGCGGUCACGCACGGGAGUACGAAAGUAUGGACGCGGAAUUCGACGAAGUCAAGCUCGUCAAGCAGGGCCUGCACCAGCGCCAUAUACAGAUGAUCGCGUUGGCGGGCACUAUUGGCACCGGUCUCUUCCUCGGAUCUGGUCGUGCCAUCGCGAACGCUGGACCUCUCGGUGCUUUUCUAGGCUAUACAGUGAUCGGCUUGACAGUCUGCAGUGUGGUUCUUGCCGUUGGAGAGAUGGGAGCUCUAGUCCCUCUCAGCGGCGCUAUCAUUCGUUUUCCGGGCUUCUUUGUCGAUCCUGCUUUGGCCUUUGCAAACGGUUGGAACAUGACCUACAGCUCUGCUGUUUCAAUCCCUUCGGAGAUCGUUGCUGCUGCUGUCCUCAUGCAGUUCUGGGUCGACACCAACAGCGGCGUAUGGAUCACAGUGUUCAGCGUUCUGGUCAUUGCCACCUUGCUGGUCUUUGUCCGAGUGUUCGGCGAACUCGAAUUCGGUUUCUGUCUGCUCAAGAUCUUCCUCGUGAUCUUCAUCAACCUUCUCGCCCUUGUGAUCACGACCGGUGGCGGUCCGAAUGGCCAAUCGAUCGGCUUUCGAUACUGGCGAGAUCCAGGCCCCUUCAAUCAGUAUCUCGACAUUCCUGGAUCGACAGGCCGAUUCCUCGGCUUCUGGAGCUGUCUCAACUCCGCUAUAUAUGCCUACGCCGGGGUACAAGUGAUCGUUUGCGCUGCCGCCGAAACGCGCAGCCCCAGGCAAUCGAUCCCCAUGGCGGCAAAGCGGAUCUUCUGGCGGGUCUUGAUCUUCUAUUUGCUCACCAUAUUCAUGGUGGGACUUGUAGUGCCGUCGAACGACAAGAACCUGCUGCAAAAGACAGGCACUGCGUCCCAAUCGCCCUUUGUCAUUGCUGCUCACAGAGCCGGUAUCAAAUUCGUCCCAUCAUUCAUCAACGCUAUUAUAUUGACCUCCGCUUGGUCUGCGGCCAAUUCCUCCUUGAUGUCAGCUAGCCGCGUGCUCUACGGGUUAGCCAACGCUGGACAAGCACCCGCAGUCUUAAAACGCCUGAACCGGUUCAGGAUCCCUUACGUUGCUGUGAGCUCUCUGGCGGUGUUCAUGGCCUUGGGAUACAUGACACUUUCGGACAGCGCAUCCACGGUAUUCACAUGGCUGCAAGAUCUGGUCGCAAUCGCCUCACUGGUCGACUGGAUCAUCGUCCUGAUCACGUACCUACGUUUCUAUUACGGAUGUAAAGCACAAUCCAUCGAUCGGAAGCAAGAACUGCCCUGGGCGGCUCCCUUUCAGCCGUGGCUUUCUUGGAUCUCCUUGGGCAUGUUCCUGCUUCUAUUACUCACGUCUGGAUUCAAGACCUUCAUCCACGGACACUGGGAUACUGAGACCUUCAUUAGCGCAUACUUCAACAUCCCUUUUGUACUGGUGUUGUACUUCGGCUACAAGUUCUGGUUCAAAACCAAGAUCAUUCCACUGAAGGAUAUACCUAUUCGUGGAUUCAUCGAUGUGGCGAACGAUCAUCCGGAGCCUAUCAUUCCCAAGGCUACGGGAUGGAGGAGGCUCAAUAUUUUGUGGUCGUAA